GCCCACCUCCCGGGUCCUUUGAUCACGCGCACGCCUGUUCUUCCGGGGCCAGGGAGCCAACUCGGGGCGUUCCGGUCGGCGCUGCAGCAGCGGGAGGUGCUGACAUUCCCAGUGGUCUGGAGCAGGAGCCGAGAAACUGCACCUAACCUUUCCCCAGCAGUGGAGACUUGCAAAUGUUGAACCAGUAUCUAAGCUGGGCCCCACCCAGAUGUAGGCAUAGGAGCUGGGCAGGAAGCAGGCUCUGGAGCUGGGCCUUCCGUGGUUCCCUUCCCACCAGCUAAGAGCAGCAGGGGGAGGAAUCACUCAGCAGACACCUACCUGGAUAUAUUGGCUGACCUGAGUUUUCACAGAUCUCCAGCUCCAGGGGAGGGACCAGAGUGUGUUGUUAACUCUGUAGGCAGAAUUGAUAAACCUCCCUUCCUCUCCCAGGGAGCCCAGUGGAGGCGCCCUCCCGAGGCGCUGCUGCCCAUGCUGACCACCCAGCUCUCCACCUGCCGAUGUCAUGAGUAACACGACAGUGCCCAAUGCCCCCCAAGCCAACAGUGACUCCAUGGUGGGUUAUGUGUUGGGGCCCUUCUUCCUCAUCACCUUGGUCGGAGUGGUGGUGGCUGUGGUAAUGUAUAUCCAGAAGAAAAAGCGGGUGGACCGCCUUCGCCAUCACCUCCUCCCCAUGUACAGCUACGACCCUGCUGAGGAGCUGCAUGAGGCAGAGCAGGAGCUUCUCUCUGAUGUGGGAGACCCCAAGGUGGUACACGGCUGGCAGAGCGGCUACCAGCACAAGCGGAUGCCCUUGCUGGAUGUCAAGACCUGACCCCAUAGCCCUGACCUACAGAACCCCUAGGGUGGGUCUUACAGUUGCCCCAAGCACUGGGCCUUCAAUUCUUUCCCACUUAUCCAUCAACCCUGUGGACUAAGGCUACACCCACCCCAAGGCAGCUUUCCCCUUGGGGUGGGUGGGGCUGCUGGGAGAUAGCUUUGCUUUCUCCAGCCUGCCUGGACUUGGCUUUGGCAUAAAUCCCCCAAGAGGGUUUUGGAACUGUUUCCAUGGUGACCAACCCAGAUGUAUAGCACUCAGUACAUACACACAUAUAUAUAUAUUGUAAAUAAAAUGUUUUGUGGCUGGUAA